GAGUAUGAUCCGAUUGCACCGAGCAGCAGUCAUGAAAACAAAAAUAUAAUGUUCUUGUUUAUUUAGCACGCUGCACACAGUGUCGUAUGUAGUGUAUCUGUGUAAUUCGGUAUCAGAAAGGAUCGUGUAAUAUUUUGUUGUCCUAAAGUGUUUACAUUCUGUACCGUACAGACUGUACGGUGUUUAUGGGAAAGUGGCAAUUUUGUUUGGCUGUCUGGAUUCUGAACAAUUGAUGGGUGUGUGAAGAAGCACUUCCGGGGUGUGGGUGAAAAUUCCGAUUAAUUUGCGGUGGCGUCAUGGCUCGUUAAUUCGUGCCUGUUAUUAUUUACCCUGAUGAUUUUUUAUUAGCUAAAACCAUGGUGAAAAUCUUACGAACUGCAGAAGACUUGAAGGUGGUCUUGCAGGAUUUGCCUGCGUUUUAUCCCAAGUCGCAUCCUAUGGAAGUUUUGAUCAAUAAUGCUAUCGCCAAAACAUGCGAAUGGCCGGGUAUGGAGUUUAUUGUGGAUGAUUAUCCCCAGUGGAACGUCUGCUUGUACCGACCAAUUAAGAAUUCUGAAGAUUAUGUGAAUCGGCAGACAAAAUAUGGUGUAUCCAUUUUUUGUAAAAAUACCGAAUCCUUGGAAAACUUUUUGGAUAAUCCGGAUGCUAUAGAUUGGGACAUGCCGGUCAAUUUCCAUGCUAUACCACGGACGGAAAUAUUUGACAUCAUUCGCCGAAAAUGUCUUUCUGUUAAUCCCGAUUUACUGUGGGAUGGAAAUGAACAUUGUCAUGUAUUCCUUUUAUCACCGGACCAAAUUAAAACCACCACUCUUCCUCCGGGACUACAUUUGGGCGAACUCCGUGAGAGCCACCACGCUGACUACGUCCUGGACCGCUGGGACUUUACCGAGCCGGAGACCCGUCCGUAUGUCCACUAUUUACUAGCAACAGCCUCCGAUUUUCCCAACGCGGCCAUCUUCGAUAUGGACACGGGGCUACCGUGUGCUUUCCUCCUAUACACGUGCGACGGGGCCAUGGGCAUGGGCUGGGUCAGUCCCAAUUACCGCAACAAGGGCCUGUUCCAGAUCGUCAACUACGAACUGGCCCGGAAACUUUUUGCGCUCGGCCACAAAGUCGCAUGGACGUACGUGCGGGAAGAUAAUGAAGCCGCUGUACGAGCGUACCAGAAAAUGGGAGCGAAAAAGUGUGAUUUCCAGAUUGACUGGCUGGUGUCGCGGCCGCGCGGCGACACCGGCGAGCAUAAAGCGUUUGAUCGGCAUCGCAAAGUGGAGAAUAGUACGGGAGAUUUAGUGAAUACGACGUUAUAAUUUUCUUGAAUUACGAUAUUCUCUGUGUUUGUAGUUUUUACGUUAUGCCCGCAGUCAGACGAGAGAGGAACGAAACUAUUGAAACAUAAAGUGGUGAAUAAAAUGAGGACCCGAACCCUG